AUGCAGCCUUCAGCUCUUCACCAUCUCGGUCUUGUAGACCUCAUCGCCUCUGACCCUCGACCUACGUUCGUUGUUGCCUUGCCCGAGCAAGCGUCCUCCGCCAAGAUACUCUACCGAAAUCCUGCGCUGCAAAACUUGCAUACUCUCGACCAGUCAAUUUCUUCCAUUCCUCAAGAUGCUUCUCAUUCCCCAUUCUGGAAUUGGGUCACAAGCCCACCGCCUGCGCCGGCUUCUGAAAGCGAUGCCCCAGGCCCUGCAACGACAAAUACGCAGCAUUCCCUACCGUAUCUCGGCGUCUACUGGACGCGAAGCAUUGUCCUGGGUCAAUGGGUGGUCAUGAGUGGUAAUGAAACCCCUCCCUCGUCAGAGCCUCCGCGCAAAGUUCGAAUAGAAGGAAAACAAGGCGAGGAAACGAGAAAAUAUCCCCAAAAAUCACCUUUAGACAAUGCCCGAUUGCCGUCCCGCAGAAAAUCGGAGAGCAAGACACCCAUGGUCUAUCGCGACGAAUCAAAUCCAGGUCUUAUGGUGCCUGUUUCCGACUCCGAGGCAGAGCCGUUCCUUGACGUAGUACAAAGCGUUGAUUGGGAGUCGACAUCGCUGGGCCCUAUGACCGACUGGCCGGCUCAGCUGCAAUACACCUUCAACCAGCUUGUUUCUGAUUCGCGACCUGUGGCACUUUAUUGGGGACCUGAAUACAUCACUAUCUACAAUGAAGCAUUUUCCAAAUACUGCGGCGUACGACAUCCUGGACUUCUGGGCCGACCUGCCACCGAAGCUUGGCCUCAAUUAAAAACUCGGCUUGAUGAGAUGACGGCCUCACCCAUGAAAAACUAUUCCAAUGCCGAAGACGAGUCCAAUUUCUUCAUACCUCAAGCGGAUGGAGCUUUUGAAGAGACCUAUGCCAAGUCUUCUAUGGUUCCCAUUGUGUACGAAAAGAAAUGUCUCGGUAUACAACAUUCGCUGCUCGAGAUGACUUCGAAACGACUUUGGGAACGAAGAAUGAAGAUGCUUCUCGAUCUUGGCGAGGCUCUAGUGUCUACAAAAGACGCGAAGUCUUAUUGGUCCAGGAUGAUUGAGGAGUUGGAGCGAUGGAACCCGGCGUACGACGUUCCAUUAGCCUUCAUAUACUCGGUAGGGGAGGGCGAUGCCGACUCCACAUCUUCUAAAUACGACUGUUCGAAGACUUGCCAACUUGAGGGCUCUCUCGGUGUACCACAAGGGCAUGCUAUUACACCUUCAGUUCUUGAUCUCAGAGAUACAGACGAUGGCAUAGCGUCUAUCUUGCGACGGUCAUUGGAUGAGCGCCAACCAGUACUUUUACAGAUCAAAGAUGGCACAUUGCCCAAAGACUUACUGCGUGGAUUGGAAUGGCGCGGCUUCGGCGACCCUUGUCAAGCGGUCGUUGUCCUGCCUGUUCGACCUACAAAGGAAGAGCACGUAAUGGGUGUCCUGUUUCUAGGCUUAAAUCCUCGACGCCCAUACGAUAACGACUAUCGACAAUUUAUCUUAUUGCUUAACCAAAAGCUUACAAGUUCUUUGGCUUCAGCAGUCCUUCUGGAAGAAGAGGCACGCCGGCGGCGCAACAUCACCGAGCAGGCUGCCUAUGACAAUGCUAUGCUCACACAGCGGCUAGAAUACCAGACCAAACAAGCCGAGAGAUCAAUGCAAACGUUUACCGUGGUGGCAGAGUUUAUUCCUGUUGGGAUGUGCUUUGUGGAUAACCAGGGUAAUAUUACGUUUGCCAACGACGCUUGGCAUCGCAUUACUGGAUAUCCUAAAGGCCCAAUCGCACAGGGCGCGUUACUCGAAUCGGUUCUCGAAGAGGACAAGGAGAAAGUCAUGCAGGCAUACAAAGAUGUUCAAGAGCUCGAUACAGUCACCUUUGAGUACCGCAUCGCACGAACUGAGAACACGACAGGACCGCCAGGUUUUAGAUCCUCUGCCGGGCCCUCACAUGUUAUGGAUGAGCAGGUCUCACGCCAUAUUUUAGCUUCUACCAAAGCUGAAAGAGCACCAAACGGCAGCGUCAUCAGAAUUCUCACUUGCCUAACUGAUGUGACAGUGCAAAAGGACACUGCCGAGGAAGCCGUACGACGAGCGCAAGAAGCAGAGAACCUUAAGCGGCUUGCCGAAUUCGCAACGGUCGGAAUGUACGAUGUCAGUAUGGACGGUAGACUUCUUAGUGCGAACAACCUUUUCUGGGAAUUGACGGCUCUGGAGAAAGUCGACCUCACCAAAGUCGAUGUGCGUCCCUGGCCAGAAUGUGUUGUCGAGGAGGACCUUCAUAUUCUUCAGGAAAGUCUCGACAAACUUGUAGAAUCCGGACGUACCGAAACGGCCGAGUUCCGCCUCCGCAAUGGCUGGGUUAGCGAAGAUGGCAAUGGCAACUUGUCCGUCGCCCCCAGAUGGGUUCUUGCUACUUUCAUGCCAGUCAAGAGUUCGGACGGAGUAAUCCAGUCUUUUACAGGCUGCUUGAGCGACGUUUCGGUACAGAAAUGGCAAUUGGACCAAGAGAAACUUCGCAAGGAGGAGGCGAUAGAGUCCAAACGACAGCAGGAGAACUUCAUCGACAUGACCUCGCACGAGAUGCGGAAUCCACUGAGCGCCAUCCUUCACUGCACUGAUGCCAUUAUCGCCUCCCUUGCAAGAGUGCAGGACAUCAGUGACAACUCUGCUCCUCUUACGCCAACACGGAACGGCACUAGCGGCGAAGGAAGAAGGACUGGGGAACGAUCAGUCGAAGAAAGAAAGCUUCUGGAAGACAGCAUUGAAAACGCAGAGACUAUUGUCACGUGCGCUCAACACCAGAAACGCAUCGUCGAUGAUAUCCUUACCAUGUCUAAACUUGACUCAAAAUUGCUGGCCGUUACUCCUUGCACAGUGGACCCAAUUCAAAUUGUCAAUGGGGCACUCAAGAUGUUCGAGGUGGAGGCUCGCCGUGUCGAUAUUGAGCUGACUUCAUAUGUCGACAAGUCAUAUAAGGAUCUCGCCUACGACUAUCUCGAUAUUGACCCAAGCAGGGUCCAGCAAGUCCUUAUCAAUCUUCUCACGAAUGCCUUGAAGUUUACCAAAUCUGGUACCACGCGAAAUGUCACCCUUGGCGUUAAAGGAUCAUUGACACCGCCAGGAGAAGACAUGACAGCUGUUCAAUUCAUUCCACGAUUCUGCGACGUAUCAGAAGAAUACGACCAACCGGCACUCAAAGAAAGGUCCAAGGCUGUGUAUCUGUUGUUUGAGGUCAAGGACACCGGUCAAGGGUUAACGGCGGAAGAGAUGGGCAGCCUAUUCAACAAAUUUGUUCAAGCCAGCGCCAAGACGCAUACCAAAUACGGAGGCUCUGGCCUUGGGUUAUUCAUCUCGCGCCGGUUGACAGAGCUUCAAAACGGAGCGAUUGGUGUUUUGAGUCAGCCUGGCGUGGGUUCAACGUUCGCAUUCUACAUCGAGGCGUAUGUUCCAAGCGAAGCCUCCAGGAACGAAGCGCUGGCUGCUGCGGCAGCAGCCAGGCUAAUCGCUUGCGGUAGUGAUACCGACUCAGCUGAUGGCAAGCAACCCUGCCGCGAUAUUCGCUUACAAAAACAUCAGAACCCGGGAGGAAAUGUUCGACUAGAUGGGAUCCUUGUUGUUGAAGACAAUCUCAUCAAUCAGCAAAUCACAAGACGAGGAUUGACAGAUCGGGGCUUUCUGGUGGAUGUCGCGAAUCAUGGAGUCGAAGCUCUUGAGAAACUCAAAAGGCGCCAAGGUACUGUCCCGGGGCUUGGCCUCAAUGGGGUCGCCGGUCGCCCAGGAAGGGGCAAUACGCAUUCGUUGCCCAUUGCCAUUAAUCUUGUGCUGAUGGACAUUGAGAUGCCUAUUCAGGACGGCUUGACGUGCACAAGGAUAAUUCGUGAAUUAGAAGCGGAGGGAGAGGUAUUCUGUGCAUCGGGCGGCCGGGUGCCAAUCAUUGCAGUCACAGCCAACGCCCGGCCUGAGCAAGUCAUGGAAGCCAAGCAAGCUGGAUGUGAUGAUGUGAUGGUGAAGCCAUACAGAAUCCCAGAGCUCAUCGAAAAGAUGCAGGUGGUUGUGCGAAGAAUGGGAGGGCUCAGCCCAAACUCCCCAGUGAGGUGA